GUGCAGCUCACUGACUUCUCUGUGGGUUUUCUGUGUUGCUGGAGACCAGUUGUUUGUGAGCAGAACCUGUCUUGCAGGUCUGAUUUGGGUUGAGUAAUAGGGAGUGGCUCACCAAUACACAAAAACCAGGAGACUGGCUGUCAGUGGGCUUAGUUUUCAGACAGCCCUUGCCAUUUCUUCCCACAGGCUUCUUCCUCUCUUUCUCCCUUGAACAUGGAAUCUAGAUUUGGAGUUGUGCUGGUUUUGAUCUUGGCAGCUGCAUCAUCAUCUGCCCAGAAGAACUGUACCUGUGCAACCAACAGACGGGCUCUAUGCACCGAAGACACACCCGGGAACUGCCUCUGCACGUUGGUGGGUUCAAAUCACAGAGUAAAUUGUUCAGUGUUGACUUCAAAAUGCCUACUGAUGAAGGCAGAAAUGAGCUCCCCAAAGGGCAGGCGCUUCACCAAACCUGAGCAUGGCUUUUUAGACAAUGAUGGAAUUUACAAUCCAGAUUGUGAGGACAGUGGUAUCUUCAAAGCCAGGCAGUGCAAUCAGACCAACACCUGCUGGUGUGUGAACUCUGCUGGGGUGAGGAGAACUGAUAAAGGUGACACAACCCUAAGAUGCAGUGAACUAGUCAGAACUAACUUGAUCUUCAUCGAACUGAAACACAAGGAGAGGUCUAAAGCCUUCCAUGCUUCUGAAGUGGCAAAUGGUCUGAGACAGAUCAUUCAGAACAGAUACAAGCUGCAUCCAAAGUACAUCACUGCCAUUGAGUAUGAAUACCCAUUCAUCCAUAUUGACCUGAUGCAAAAUGCUUCCCAGAAAUCCAACAGAGAUGUUGAUAUAGCUGAUGUGGCUUAUUACUUUGAAAAAGAUGUUAAACUUGACUCCAUAUUUCAUCGUAGUAAUGCAUUCAACCUCUCCGUUAACGGAGAGCCUCUGGAUGUGGAAGGAAUUUUAAUUUACUAUGUGGAUGAAAAGCCACCAGAGUUUUCUAUGAAACGUCUGACUGCUGGCGUUAUUGCUGUGUUGGCAGUGGUGAUAUUGACUAUUAUUACUGGGAUUACUGUGCUGGUUAUUACCAGGAGGAGGACCGGGAAGUAUGAGAAGGUCGAGAUCAAGGAGAUGGGUGAAAUGAGACGAGGACAGAACUCAUAGCUGCCUUAAUCUGAAGACAGAAAUUAAGACUUUGAUGAGAAGGAAGCAGAAAUGGCAAGAUUAUUCAACGUUUGUGUGGGGAGGCUGGGGUAUUUUUUAUUUCUAGUUUUAAAACAAUGAUUUUCUAAAAUCCUAAAUAAGCUUAGAUGCGUAAAGUGGUAUUAACUAGUAUAAAUUAAUUUGAGAGUUGAUUAUCAAAAUCACGUGGAAAGAAAAGAUGAGCACCGUAGCCCAAAUUUUUCCAAUUGUAUAGUUGUAUUUUUAAGGGGACAAGAAAGUUAUUUGUACUUCCUAACAUAGCUAUUUAGCAUAAUUUAUAAUACCUACAUUUGUAUUACUAAAGAGCCUGUUAAACUUGUUUAAACAUUUUAUGAGGGCUUUUUUUUGCACAACCAGGUGCUGAAGCUUGAAUAUGCGCUGUCUGACUCACUUGUAUAACUAGGGUUGGCUUUCUGUUUUCAAUGACGUUUUUAAAGAUACUACUUUGAUGAAGUUGCUGGAACUUUUUUGUUUUCACCAACUUUAAACUUAAUAAAUUCCACCAAAAACAAAACAAACAAAAAAUUGUGAUAAUCUCUUCCAGACUUACAGUAUCACAGCCUUCUG